AUGUCUGUGGAAGUAAAGCAGUCGGACGCGCAUUAUUUGUACAAUUUUUCCAAUGCGAGCUUGAAAGGUUCUGAUCAAUCAGAACGUAACUUAUUGAGUCAAGAUUCUGAAUUAAUUAUCAAUGAUUAUCAAAGUAAAAUUCAAGAAGAGGAAGCUGAAUUUACGCGAAAUCUUACUAAAUUAAUAAAAACUCAUGAAGAAAAGAUAAAAGAUUUGGUUCGUGAACGAAACUGGAAAUUAUCGAAUUUAUCUAAACAGAAUUCAAUAAUAAAUUCUAAUCAAGUGGAAUCAGAUGAUUUGUCUUUGAAAAUUGAAGAUGAUAAGGCACCAGAGAACAAACUUGAAGCAUCUGCUAUAGAUGAAAUUGAAACACAAGAGGAUAAAGCAGAAAUAUCCGUUAUAGAUCUAGAAAAGAGCUUAGAAAUCAUGCGUAUCAACAAGACACCUAUUUCUAUUCAAUCUAUAUCACCAGCUUCAAUUUCAUAUCACGAUCUUGAUCCUGAUGUUUAUGAUUACAACGGAAUAUUGACAUAUUCUCCAUCAGUUGAUACCAAAACAGUUUCGAAUACUCUAACAGAUUUCACUAUAAUUGAUGAUGAAAUUACAUCAAUUUCUCAAACAAAUCCUAUUAUAUAUAAUGUUCUUCCACCACGAACAGAACCAAUUAGUAAUGAAAAAAAAAAGCCAAAUUAUCAACGAAUGUCGAUUCCUGAGUUAAAGGCAUUGGCAAAAUACGGUAUUAGACCUUCCGGAAAAGAAACAAUGAUUCGUCAAUUAGAGAUCAUAUGGAACAAGAUACACGAAAAUGAAGGUGAUGAUAAUGUUGAUCAAGAGGCACGUAAUCAAGCUGAAAAUUGUAAUGACAUUCAUGAAGAUUCGGAUGAUAAUGAUGCAUCAACAGAUAUUUCGUUGACUGAAGAAUUAUAUAAAUAUAUCAAGGGUAAUCGACAACUCUAUUGUCGUGUUCUUAGAUAUGAAGUGUUAGAAUUCGAUCAACUUUUAAACGAAAUCAACAAUGCGGGUAUCUUAUGUACUGAUCGACAAUUGCAAUUAUUCUUGGAUAACAAGGGAAUAAUUCACUCAUCAAAUACUAAAUCUAAACAAUGGCGUCAUAAAAAAGAUAAAUCAAAAAAGAAUCCUAGUGUUGAGGAUGCGGUUUAUGAUAAGCACUGGCAAGAGUUACGAGAUUUAGAGGCCAGAUACAAUUAUGUUUUGCCUAAUUCUCCAACCCAAAAGGCCAGUCAGACAGCAAGUAAUAAGUUUCGUCCAGUAGUACGCCAAAACCCCAUGCUGAGUUUGGAUAGCGUGGAUAAUUACGCGGAUUUAUUGAAAUUUGAUGAAAGAGUGAAAAAGAUAUUGAAAACCGAGACUGAAAUUGAAUAUAUUUGUGAAUGA